AUGAAAAUAACAAAAAAGGAAACAUAUAAUAAAAACAAAUCAUCAGGUAUCAAUGAAAAAUUAAUCAGUGAAUAUUAUGACAUAAUCCCACACAUGGAAAAUGAAAUUGAAAAUUUGUUAAAAAAAUUUAAUGUUAAAAAAUAUGAUCAUAAAAUAACAACCUUAUUAAUUGAUAUAAUACAAAAUGAAACACUUAAAAUUUUAUUAAGUUCUAAAAAAAUUCAAAAAAAAACAAAUGCAAAAACAAAUAGCGAUAAACCUGAUUUUAAUCAAAAAAACCAAGACAAUCAAAAUAACAUCCCUAAUCAGGUUCCUAAUACAACUUCUCAAGAAAUUGAAAAAAAAGAAACAAUUGACGAUUCAUUUAGUCAUCCAAAUGAUGAAUCAAAUUAUAUUUUCAAAGCAGAUUCUUUUGAUCAAAAAAAUGAAGGAUCUCAAAAUUCUCCAAAUAUUGACAAUCUUAUACAACCUGAAAAUGUCGAAAGCAUUUCAAAAAAUACACAAUCAGCAAGUGAAGAAAAUGUAGGAAAUGCAGAAAACACCAAAAAUGAUCAAAGUAAAGAAAAUGAAAUGGAGAAAAACUCUGAAGAGACACAAACCAAAGAAGAGGAAAAAUCUGGUGGUUUAUUUAAAACAAUUUCCAGUUUUUUUUCAAAAAAAGAUAAUGAAGAAAAACAACAAGAGGAUAGUGAAAAAAUAGAAGACCCUUCUAAAGAUACUAAAUUAAAUACUGAUGAUAAUAGUAUACAAAAUGAAAAAGAAAACCUAGUAAAUGAUACUAUACAAUUAGAUGAUCCAAACAGUGACGAAAAAAAUGAGGAAAAUUCUAGCUUACUAGCCAGUAAUGAUAAACUUGGCGAGACACAAGAAAUGGAAACAGCAAAAGAUAACUCAAACAAUAAUAAUUACAAUAAAAUAAGAAAUGCUGAGAAUAUAAAUGAAAAAAAUAAUGCAUCUGAAGAAAAUUUAGAUAAAAUCAAUUAUGAUAUAAAAGAACAGACCAAUAACAACAAUGCAAAUAACAAUCCUAACGAACAAGAAGAAGCAGAAGAAGAUGUUCUCAUAAUUGAUGAAGAAAGUGUAAAUCAGGCAAUAAGAGAAUAUGCAUUAAAAUAUAUUUAUAGAAAAAAAAAUGUUGAUUUUGUAUAUGAUGAUCCAACAUAUGAACAAAAAGAUAUAAAUAAUGUAUUUGUUGAUAGAAACAUAAAAUAUCCAAUGGGAUUCCCUCCACAUCUUCCUGAUGAUUGCUCUAUUAAUACAAUACUUCCUUCUUGGAAUAUUCAAUAUGAUUUUACAAAAAAAAAUAAAAACAAUCAAUAUAGACAAUAA